AUGGCAAAGAGAAGCAAGGAAGAAAGUGGUAGUAUGGAGGAAGAAGGAAUAGGUUUAAAUGAAACACAACAGAGUAAAGCAGAUGAGGAUAACAUGGAGGGGAAAUCUCAAGGUAGGCCAUCAAGAAAUUCAAGAAAAGCCAUAAAAUAUACAGAUUUUGAUGAUGAAGAUGAUGAAUUGGAUGAUUUCGAGAGUGAUUUUGAUGAGGAUAUGGAUUUGAUAAACGAGGAAGAUGAAGAUGGUAGUGAUGAGGAUGAUGAUUUAGAUUUAGAAGAUGAGGAAUUUGAAAAAAGUAAAAAAGUUAAAAAGAAUGCAACAAAGAAAAAAGGAGGAGAAUCCAAUAUUUCUAAAUCUACAAAACCAAAAAAACCAUCAAAAGAAAAUUCAAUUGAAGAUGAUUUUGAAUCUGAAGAGGAAGAUAAGGGCCCGAAAACAGCAAAAAAGAAAAAGUUAUCUGCUCCGAAAAACUUAACAAAAAGGAAUGUUGCAAGUUCAGGUGGAGGAUCUACAACAGGAGAUGCAGGAGAGGCAAUAUUUAACUAUAUGAAAGAGCAGAAUCGGCCAUACUCAGUACAGAAUGUGGUUGACAAUUUACAUAAUGUAUAUUCAAAAAAGCAAGUUACUGAUGAAAUGGAUCGUCUUGCUACAGAAGGGAAAUUUGUAUGCAAAGAGUAUGGAAAACAAAAGGUAUAUUUAAUAGACCAGAGUGAUUGCAAGGAAUUAAACAAAGAGGAGAUGGAGGCUUUAGACAAAAGUAUUUUAUCUAGUGAGUCAGAACUGAAUGAUUUAGAAGCAAGGCUUAAACAGCUAAAACAAGAAACAAGAAACAUAAGUGUACCAUUGCCAAUAGAUGUAUUAGAAGAAAAGAUAAAACAAGAGAAUCUUAAGAAUGAAUCACUUAUGGAAGAGAUUUCUAGAAAGGAAAAAAUGUUAGGUGAAGAUUGUGAGAUUAUUCCAGUUGAAAAGUUAAAGGAAUUAAAAAACAACUUGACUAAGAAGCAGGCAAAGUUGAAGAAACUUAAAACUGCAUGUAAAUCUGCAGUAGACACUUUUUCAGAAUCUAUGGAAAGAAAAGCUUCUGAUUUAAUGGAAGAAAUUGGAAUUGAAAUGAUUUAA